AAACAAAUUUCUGGCGCGAAAUUUGUACGAAUAUCCCACCAUCAAUGUCCUACACCUUUUCCAACUUUCCAUCACUAUUUUUCCCUCUUUUUCUUUAUUUUUGGGGUCUAGUAUUCCUUUUUUCUUCUUUCUAAUUUGUCUUUUGCUCUGUCCAAUGUCUCAAAUCUCAAUAAUUUAUCAUCAGCUGGCAAUUCCUUCUCCCCCACAUCUUCUUUUGACUUCCCCUUUCUCUCCCAUUUUUGGGUCCCACUUUAGAGUAAUUCACUACUUAAUUUAUGAUUCUUCCUAACUUUAAAAAAAAAUAAAAGUUUCAUUAGUCCUUAAAAAUUGAUUCGAUUUAAUUAUAUCCGACUUAGUUUGAAACCAAAUCAAUUUAAUUUUCGACUAGCAUUAUAAUAUCUACACUAUGAUUUAAUAUAACUCAAAUUAUACCUGACUAGACCUAAAUCAACUCGACUCAAUCACUCAAAUUACUCCCAUUGUUACAAGUUAAUCACAAUAUUAAAGCACGAGAGUAAACAGGGCAAGCAGUUUUACAAAAACAUAAGGUAUCGUUUGGUUUUUCUUUCUUUAACCGUCUAAUACAAGAAUUUGCUUUAACCAUUUUAACCGUCUAAUACAAGAAUUUGCUUUAACCAUUUAAACAUCGACGUUCAUGACGAUUAUUUUAUUUUAGAAUACUAAAUUCUUUCUCACGAGUAUAACAUGUAGACACGUCUUUUCUCAAAUCAAAUUAAACCUUGUACAACUAUAAAUACAAACACCCUUAUUUAUAUUUUCACUCUUUCCUCUCAAAAACUUCUCAUUCAUUUGUAGAUAAAAUCAGGUGAAGAUGAGUACAGCAAUAACUCAUAGUCCGGCAAAUCAAGACCGUCCAUUACUUCUACACCCACCUUCACAACAACCGUCUGAUCACAGAAGAAUCAGAACCCUUCUCGAUCUUCUCACCGUCGAGAAAAUGGACGGUGUAGAUCGCACGAUGAGACGAGAAGAUGGAAGUAAUAACAGCCGUUGGAAGGUCCUCAGGGAACGGCUAGGAUUAAACGGCAUCGGUUGUUGCGGUGUCGCCACGUGGCGGUGCGAGAAUAAUGAUAAUUCUUCUCCACCAGAGGAAGAAAACGGCGUCGUACAAGUAGAGUUUGAGACACGUCAGCAAGUGGGACCCGCGGAAAGAGGGAUGAAUUUGGGUGCUGCGUUGGCCGCGGAGAGAGAAUUCCGUGCGGCCGAGAGUAUCGGAAGUUACGGUGCGACCGUGCGAAAUAAUAAUAAUAAUAAUAAUAAUAAUAAUAAUGAUGAUGAUAAUGUUGAUAUUAAUAAUGGUGGAACGACGCCGUUGAGGGUGUCGUUGAUGAGAUUACUGGAGGAGACAACGGACGGUCGUGAUUUAGAGAGAGAAAGAUCGAAGGGUGGAGAAAGGGAGGGAAAUAAUGAAGGGAGUGAUACGGUGUGUUGCGUGUGCAUGGAAAGGAAGAAAGGAGCUGCGUUGAUACCAUGUGGUCAUACGUAUUGUAGGGUGUGUUCUAGGGAGUUAUGGCUUAAUCGAGGUUCUUGUCCCUUUGCAACCGUCGGAUUCUCGAGAUCCUCGAUAUUUUCUGAUUUCGAGUUUUCAUACUCCCCUCGUUUUUUUUAAGUGUUACACUUUUCUCGUUGUGAUUGAUGAAUAUACUGUAGUCGGGAUUAAUAUUCAAUAUUCAUUGCUAUGCAAUCUUCGGAUCCUUCUAAUUAUUGAUCUCGAGUUUUUGUAUAAAUAUGUCGUUUUGUAAUUGGUCGGGAUUACUAGUGAAAAUUGAUAUACUCAUGUGGGAAGCAAAGCAAAGCAAAGCAAAGUGAGGUGGGUGUAAGGUGUUCAACUUUAGAGUCACUUUCUUUUGCUUUUGUUGAAUUCUUUGGUUCAAGAUUUGUGAGGUGUGAAUCAUAUAUACUUGUAUGUGAUUUUGAUUAGUUCCUUGUGUGAAAUAGUACAAAUUUACACAUCAUAUAUUGAUAUAUUUAAUACCUUUUCUUUUA